AUGGAUCCUUUCACAAGUUCAGAAUAUGCUGAUAUGCAUUAUGUUUAUGGUUUUUGUUCCGGAAAUGCGUCUGAAAGUGUUCGCGAGUACAUUCGACGCUUUCCAGACAGGAGGAUUCCUGAUCGAAAAACAUUUAUUCGCGUCCACCAGUGUUUGCGUGAAAAUGGAAAGUUUCCCACCAACGGCCGCUUAGUUGGAAACUUUAUGCAAGAUGUCGGAUUGGAAGAGGCUGUCUUAGAACGGGUAAGUGAAGAUCCAAGGAUAAGUACGAGGACAUUAGCCCGUGAGUUUGGGGUAUCUCAAAAAUUUGUGUCAAAACUAUUACGAAAAGAGCGGUUGCACCCAUUUCAUUUCACGCGCGUCCAGAAACUCGAGCCGAGAGAUCCACCUCAGAGGCUCCAGUUUUGUCAGUGGAUCCGGCAACAUGACCACAUGGAUUUCCUGAAAACAAUUUUAUGGACUGAUGAAUGUACGUUUACGAGAGAUGGAGUCUUUAAUUUCCAUAAUGAGCAUCACUAUGCUGACGAUAAUCCGCACCUCGUUCGUGAAUCUAGGAGUCAGUCACGAUUCAAGGUAAAUGUGUGGGCUGGACUGAUAGGAAAUCGAGUGAUUGGACCAUAUCUUGACCUUCCUCCAACACUGAAUGGAGUUGACUACUUACAGUUCCUAACUGAAAUCCUACCAGAACUCCUGGAGGACAUUCCAUUGAAUUUGCGAGAUCGCAUUGUUUACCAAGCUGAUGGCGCACCCCCGCACUUCAAUCUCAAUGUACGUGACUAUUUAAGCAACAACUUCCGCUUGUGGAUAGGAAGAGAUGGAACCGUUGCCUGGCCUCCACGGUCACCAGACCUCAAUCCAUUGGAUUAUUACUUUUGGGGGUAUCUUAAACAAGAAGUUUAUCGGACGCCAGUGGAAUCAGCUGAAGAAGUGAGAAACCGAAUUGUCACAGCUACUGCACGACUAAGCAAUACGGUAAACUUGAAUGCUACUGUUAGAGAGUUGAGAAAACGUGUCCGCAUCUGCAUCAGACAAAAUGGUGGUCAUUUCGAAAACUUGCUUAAGUAG